UAUGUGUAUCAUGCAGUCCGAACUUCUAAUCAAAAAUUGACAAUUGGUAAAAUCCCUAAUCAAUGAUCAAUUGCCAAAUCGUCAAUGUCAAAACACUCUUAAUAACAGUAAACAGAUUUACUGCUCAGUAGGAUUUUGAAAUACUCGCUAGUUAUCAUUAUUUUAAUCUUUUGUGUAUUUAAAAAUCUUUUUCAAUGAAAUGGGUGCUUCCUUUGAAAUUAAUUCUUUUCCUAAGACGUUUCCAAGUUGUAAAGUAACUACGGUAAAAUCAAAUUUACAACAAACAUUAACCAUUUUCAAAGAACUUGUAAUAGAGUUUGAAGAGCUGCAUUCAGAAAACCAAAGCUAUAGAAGUUUGUAUUUAAUGCACAAAGAAAAUUCUGAAAGCCAAACAUGUAAAAAAUGUGAGGAGUUAAGAAAAAAUAUAUCAAUUAAGGAAGAAAUCUUAGAUUCUGUAGUUUCAGCUCUGAACAAAUUGAGUAAAACAAGGGACUUUAAUACAAUAGACACAAUAUUCAAAUUAAUAAAUGGAGAUAAAAAUAUAUUAAUUCCACCAAAGGAUAACAUAUCUAAAGAUGAAGUUAAUGAAAAUGUUACAAGUCCACUAAAAGAAGAAUUGAUUAAUGAUGUUACUCAUGAGGAAUCUAUAUCAGAGAUAGAAGGAACUCCAGGCCGCAAAAGCCCAAUAAUUCCAAGUAAAAAGUUAAAGUCCAACACAACACAUUCCUUGAGUUUGAAGGACAAGAAAAAGUGUCCCGAAUCUUGGCCCACACCAGAACAAAAGUGUAUAAAGUUAUCAUUUCCUACACCAACACGAAACAAGACAACAGGUAGACUGAAACAAGCUCGGCUAAACCUGAUCAAGAUGAAAACUUCAAGUGUUGUAGAUCUUACAUGCUCCCCGGAGUUAGGACGGAGUUAUAGUGAAGUUAAUAUGCAGUGCAAUGUAAAAAAGGAAUUGCUAGAAAACGAUGACACAAUAUUACCAUCCCCUACGAAUGGUCCAGUGGUCCAGUUACCAAUUUUUAAAUCAAUUAUAAAAGAAAGUCCUAGCAAGCUCAUAAAACCUUUCCCCGUCUCGAAGAUCAAGAUGGAAGAUGAGACUAACAAUUCUGAUACAGAGAACAAGUUUGCUGGAGAAAUAGUGAAGAAAGAAGUGGAGGAUUCAAUUAAUUUGUUAAAACAAUACCCAAACAGGUUCAAAUCACCAUUAAAAAUGAAAGAUAAACUGAACGACGAGACCCACUGCGCCGAUGAAAGUAUUUCUCUACUUCAACAUGUCAAGAAAAUCGACGAAAAAAUUAAGAGAGUUAACAGUCCCAACAAGCGUCCUCUGGUUGAGAACGUGAACUCUAUGAAUACUCAGAAACUCGCCGACACUCAGUCGAGCAUGUCGAUACUGCAACAGGAUAUUGGACACAUUGAAGCAAAGACCGAAAUCGGUAAAAGGAUCAAAAACAUCGAACCAGUAUACAAGGAGCCAGUACUACGAAAGAAAGCUGAGAAACGCGCCCUGCCCGGUUGGAGUUGCGAGGAGUGUAAAAACUUUUACGACGAACUCUACAAAGACGAUUAUGAAAUGCUCGCGAGAAAAAUGGACGAGUGUUCCAAACAUCGAGGUCGAAACAAUCCCAUCAGGCCGAAAACGCCUGACGGCUUCUGGAACCCGCGCUGGGAAGUUCCCCAGGACACCGAAGAGUUUAACUUAAGAAAUAAUGCUAUGUGAUAAUGUGUCUCCUAUCACUUGAAUAUCUUUUAAAAUUGAUAAAACUUUGAAUGAAUGUCUAUGACACUUAUAUAAGCGUAAUAUAAUUUGAUAAAUAGUUAUAUAAGCUUAUAUCAGAAAUAUCUACUUACAAAAUUUUAUAAUUAUUUCAUGUAUUACAAUAUAACAUCAAAAAUAAUUCCGAAUUUGAAAACUCAACCCUAAAAACUAAAAUAAUUUAUUAAAAAAUAUGUAAAAUGUCUAUAUGUUUUCUUUAAUUUCGUAUGUAUUUUUUUUAGUAUUUUAAUGUUUUUUGUUACAAUUAAUAGGCCAGCGUUUGACCGUUAACUUGCCUGAUGUUAAGCAUCGACACGGUCUAAGAUGUAGCACGCUUGCCUAUAAGAAACCAGUUUCAUUUGGAAUAGCCUAGCAGGCAAGAUUUGAAGUUUAGACAUGAUUAAAAACACGGAAAACAUUACUAUUAUUACGAUUACUAAUUUUAUAAUAAGAAACUGAUUUGCAUAAACAUUUUCGUAUUGUAAAUAUAGACAAAAG